AUGAUUCGCGCUCCUUUACUUCUAUCAAUGCUGACAGCAACGGUCUCUGCUCUCCACGACUUCACUCCAGAGAUCUCAUCAACAGUAUACGAUGUAUUCGAUAAAUUACCAACACAACUCUCGUUGCCCAACUCCCAAUUAGCUGCUGAGGGUUUCAACUCCUACUGGUUUUCUCACUUCCUUACCACAGCCAACAACACUGAGUAUGUACUUCUGUCUCAAGCCGUUGUACUUCCCACGAACGAAAUCACCAUCAGAACUUCCUUGCUCGAUGUCGGUAACCCAGAGUCUUAUUGGCAGAGUUCAAAGACCGUUGCUCUUCAGGGUAAUACGGCAUCUGAGAAUGGACAGUUAAGCAUCAAGGGAGAGGGGUUCGAGCUGUCAAGUAACUCAGAUGAUAAUCUUGCAAGCAUGGUCUCUCGUGGUGCAAACGGUCAGUACGAGUACAAUCUCACAGUCAGAGCAACUUCGAGGGUGAUCUUGAACGCUGGAACCGGCUUCUUCAACUGGGGGAAGAACAACACCACGCAAUGGUCUCUCCCGAGUUGCCAAACCUCGGGUACGCUGUCCAUCGGCAACUCGUCGUACCAAGUCAACAGAGACCGCUCAAUGACCUGGUACGACCGACAGUACGGUGCAAAUGGUCCUGACGGCGGAUUCACCUGGUUUGGAGUCCAAUUCCCUGGUUCUGAUAUCAGAGCAAGCAUCUGGCUCUCCGACAACGAGGAUCCUGAACAGCGUCUCCGCUUCGCAACUGUUCGCACUAAUUAUGGAUUAUCAAUCAUUCGAUUUACUGCGACUGUCAACCCGGACGAUGCCUGGACGUCGCCAAAGUCCAACACCACGUAUCAGACAAAAUGGUUUCUUGAUUUCGACAAUGGUGACUUCUUGGAGGUCAGCAGUGUGAGGGAAGACCAGGAGAUCUACGCGCAAGGGUUCAUGGCUGCUUCGGCGUUCGCGUCUGUGAGGGGACGAUUCUUUGGGCAGAAGAAGGGGUUUGCGCUCGUUGAUGUUGUACCUGCUGCGUAA